AUGCCGAGACGCGUCAAACGUGGCUUGUUGAAUAACGGGCUUCAAAACCAAUCGGAGGAGAUAGGGGUGGUUGUCAUUCUCCAGAGUCGGCCCCAAUCUUAUCUAGAUGUACCGCAGCUUCCAACUCUCAACAAUACACUCUGUAAUUCGAGAACAAUAGCUCCCAGUGGUUUAUUGAAGUAUCGCGGGGCUGAAGGCCAAUCGGCCUCUCACCGCCCAUUACUGUUGGGCCACCCCUCUUACGUCGUUGUCCCUCUUUCGAUCUCUCUCUCCUACUUUGUACUGACCUUGUCCCUUACUUAUUUACUCCUACCUCACACGGCGUUCCGCUUUUUCUUACCUUCUAUUUCCCUCUAUUAUCCGUCGUUUGCGUUCGGAUUGCUACUCUUCUCUGUGCUCGUUGAGCUAGGUACCUGGUACGCUAGGCAUUGCAAAUUGAUUUAUCAUCACUAUUGA